GGUGACAAGCAUUCGUAACCCUACCUCCCAAGGUCACAAUGCCCACAGCCCUACAGCACAGACAUUUAUCGAUCAAGAUACCAAAACCCCACAAGGCUCUCAGCUCGAACAUCAUAAAGAACCCCAUCAGUCGUCAGUAAAUUCCCAUAAGAUACUCUGUAGGCCCCUCACCACACUCUCCUUGGCAAACUCAACCCCUUCCUCCCCUCCUCCACCUCCCAGAUCUUCUCGUCUCCGGCCUGCAUCUCCAUCUCAUCCGCUGAGAACCCCUCUCGGCUCUUGACCUCGCUCCUCACACUACCACUCCUGAUGCUCCCGUUCUCGACCUCCUCCACCGCCCUCCUGAGCGCCCUCUCUUGUCUCCUGUUCCGCAGCACACAGAACUCGAUCGCUAUGUACGCUGCAAGGACGACGAGGGCGCCGAUGCCGAGACAGAGUCCUGCUAUGGCGGCGGGAGAGAGGGCCGAUGGAGUAGGUGCAGUUGGCGAUACGGAGGGAGCAAUUGGGGUGGCUGAUGAGAACGUGGUUGUCGGUUGAGCUGGGACCGUGUGAGAGGCCGGAGAUGAAGGUGUAGAUGGUGUGGGCGCGGAGGAGGAGUCGAUGACAAGAGUAGGCUGUGGAGCACUUGCUCGCGCGACGAGAUGGUUCUGGCAGGUGUGUUGGUUAAGUGAACUGACAUGAGAAAGAGAAGAGCAAUUACCAGGCUCUGCAUCUCGAGGCUCUCCUCUGCCGUGGCGUGC